AUGAAUCGAAUAAAAAAGCUGUACGAGCUGUUUGAAAAGAAAGAAAAUACGCCGAAGAGAGAGAAGAUACUCAGGGAGAUAGCAGAUCAUCCUCAAGGAAACCUCCUUUCCAAGCUUGUAUUUGAGAGAGCUGAUGGAAACGUUUUUGCCUCGGCGAAAAAUCAACUUCUUCCGAUGGACGAUUCUGAUGAAUAUGGUCCCUACGAUGGUCUCCUAAGUGCGGGUUGUUGCAUGAGGAUCCUCAAAUCGAUGGCUACAGAAGAUUACGUGAUCAAUCUACUAAAGGACGACUUCCGGAUCAAAUACGGUCGAGAACCAAACAGCUUGUCCGAUAUCGCCAGAAUUCUCGCCGACCGAGAAGAAAUCAAGAAAGAAUCAUCCCUUGCAAAACUGAGCAAAGAAAUUAUCAACAGUGUAGACGAGGAUCGUCGAAGCAGUGGAGGAUUCUAUGUUUACAAGAUUUUGCGAUCGGAUGGAAUUCGUUUGGAGAGAGUGCAUCUUCAACGAUCUUUCGUGGGAAUGCGAUGGAAUCUUCCCCCAAACUAUCUCUUUGAACCUUACUUUAUAACCUUCGAUAGUGUUGAGCACAAAUAUUAUGUUUUCAAUCUACUUCAACCAACCAAGCGACCAAGAACCAUCAAAAUAUAUGGCCAAUAUGAUUAUAUAACGAUUCAAUGCAGCGAUCCUGGUCUUCAGUCUACAUACAACAGCGACGUACGUCUAAAUGGAGAGCUUCGGGAAAGUGUUCUCUUUCCUAUCAUCUAUAAACCAGAUGGAAUGAGUGUUUGUAUCGAGUGUGCUCAAAUAAGUUCAUCAUCGAUCAAAAUACUUUGGAAAGAAACGUUCAUUUUACCGGAAGAGUACGAAGGAACACAGCCGUUAGCGUUCUUUUUGAACCAUGAUAAUUUGAUUCUUCGAAACUUCAUUGUUGACGAAAGAAAUAGAGCGACGAAUGGAUGUUUUUCUUUUCAUAUCAUCCUUUCCGAAGGGAAAGUCAUUCCCUACGAUUUGUCCAAGAUUCCAGGAAAUGUUGAAUUCGGUAUGGUCAAAGAGCGCCUCGGGAUAGUUGUUUGGAAUUCACUGGAAGAAGAUAACAGCAACGAGGAAGAAAGCAGCGAUGAAGACGACAGUGAUGUAGACUUCAGCGGUGCUGAUGAAGACUAUGAUGAAGAAAAUGACGAUAAAAAUGACGAUCCCGGCUUUGUGACCUUUGGUUUUUUGUCAGAAAGAAACCAGUUCGAAGUUGUUUGCUUCUUCAAACUGACGAAAAACAAUCAAGCUUUUAACAUUAGUCGAGAGAUGAUAAUACACGAAGAUUUCACGGGGAAAACGCGCAAAAGUCUUUGCGUUAGACGCCUGAUAAAUCAGUUAAACGACACGGAUCAAAAGCAACCUCUCCUGACCAAAGAAAUAAAUGGAAUCACAGAAACGAAGCCCUACAUUCAAAUCGAAAGUCUCUUUUUCGGGGAAUAUUCGAAAAAGAGGGCGAAGAAAGAACGCCACGUGCAUGAUCGGUCAAAAAUCGGAUGCGUUUCAUGCAAACGACGAAAUAGACGAUACCCAUGCAAAAUCGAAAUAUUCAUCUAA